AUGAAGAAGAGUGCUGAUGCUGAGUAUGACUUCUUGGAUUUCUGGGAAGCCAAUCAAAAGUUUUUUGCCAUGAAGCAAGGAACAGCCAAAAACAUGAUGCAUUUCAAGGAACAAUUCUUGAGACAGGCUGAAGUCCUGCAAGAUCUAUAUGGCACUGCCUGGUUCCGAAAUUUUGCAGGCAAGACAAAUGCGUAUGCUGCUACUGCUAGCACCAAUACUGCUGCUAAAGACAAGUUCAAGGAUGAUAUCUUUGAAGCCGUUCUUGCAACAGGAUUCCUAUGCAACUGCGAUCAAACAAGAACAGCUCCUCUGAUGCUGGAUCUCCAGACAAACUAUUGCAGGGAAGUGGAUUGUUAUCCAAAGAUGGUCAGCAAAGCACAAGAUAUGUUGAAGAUUCACAUGGAUGUGAUUAGAAAACCGGGAGUGAACCUGUACCAAGGAAAAGACCAACCUAAUAAAGGGAAAGGGAAAGGGAAACAGAAGGAUGGAAAGAAGGAGGCAGCAUGUUAUGUAUGUGGCAACAAAGACCAUAUGCCCAGACAGACUGCUACCAAAGAUCCAAUGGAAGAAUCAGGAUCAAUAUGUUGA